CUCAUUUGUUGACAUGUUGCGAGGAAUGGCGGAUUGCAAACUUUUGUCAUUGUCAUAUGGUUAAACAUAUGAGAUGGAGAUCUUUUGCACAUUGACAACAGAUUAUGGUUGACGUUUUGUAUAGAUUAGAAGGUUUACUUUCAAAUGUUUAUUAUAGGAUAACCUUGACCUCGUGGCAAUUCGUUUGAAAUUGAGAAUUUUAUCUUAUUUUUAAUACAAAUUUUAAUUAUUCCAUCGACUAAAUCUGGAUAUAAGCCAGUGAAUACUUAAUUGAACCGUUAAAAUGAGUGCGUCAAAAAAUAAAAGGAAUACUGACAUCUUGCGAGGCAUAGAUUUUAGGAGAGAACUGACGUUUCGUGAGAAGAAAGUUGCUGAAAUAAAACGUGAAAAGAUGAAGAUUCUGGCUGAUGUAAAGCCAGUUCCAAAGUACAUGAUUACAGUUGACCUUUCCCAUGCUAGAGGAAAUUUAGAUGCUCUCCGAAUGUGCUUGACAGAAUUAGAAUGGAAACAGUAUCCAUUUGGAAGAAAGGACCAACAUUGUGAUAUACACUGGCAGUGUCAAAACUUUGAACAGAACCCAGACCUAUAUGGAGGCAAAGUUAACAAGUUUCCAGGUAUCAGCUGUAUUUGUAGUAAGAACAACCUGUUUCGAGUUUUAGACCAGAUGCGUGCACUGUACCCAGAUGACUAUGACUUUUAUCCUCGUACCUGGUACCUUCCAGAACAGCUUCAACAACUAGCUCACGAUAUACGCAAAAUGAAUGAAAAAAGAAUCAAACCGCGCCCCACAUUUAUUGUGAAACCUGACGCUGGUUCUCAGGGCGAAGGCAUAUACCUAAUAAGAGAUGUUCAGGAUUAUUUAGUUAACAAUGGGCGGGCAAAUGUCUGCCAAGAGUACCUCUGUGAUGUGUUCUUAAUUGAUAAGUUCAAAUUUGACUUCAGAGUUUACGCUGUUCUGAAAUCAAUAGAGCCGUUAGAACUCUAUAUCUGCAAAGAAGGGCUGGCAAGAUUUUCAACAGUUCCAUACGAAAGCCCUACUAGUAAAAACUUGCAUGAAACAUUCAUGCAUUUGACAAAUUAUUCGCUCAAUAAAAAAAGUUCAACGUUUAAUCGAUCAGAACGAGACGAUGAAGGCAGUAAGAGAACUUUAUCGAGUGUGUUCAAUAGAAUGAAAAGACACGGUUAUAAUACCGACAGGAUUUGGAAAAGGAUAGAACAUAUAAUUGUGAAAACAAUAAUAGCCAUUAUACCAGAUAUGAAGAUAGAAAUGCUUGCCGCCCUUCCACCGAAUAAACCAGGACCAACAUGUUUCCAGAUAUUAGGUUUUGAUAUACUGCUCUUACACAACCUGAAGCCCAUGUUGCUCGAAAUCAACAGUAGUCCGAGCCUACGGAUAGACAGCGAGGUUGAGGUGUCGCCGGGGAUUGUGGAGUACGUUCCUAGCCCCAAGGACGAAGAGGUGAAGAUACCUCUGAUUCGAGACACACUGUUACUGGUCGCCCCGAAGAAGAAAGUAAACUAUUUAGAAAGUUGGAAAGAGGUGGUACACGGAGAGGAAAUGUUGUAUAAAAAGUUAUCAUCUAAACGUCAGAAGAAAAAGAGGGCUCGGCGGGAACGUCGUCGACAGAAACAUGAAGAAGAAGAUAAAAAGCACAGAGAGGAAGAAGAGAGUCGCGGUCCUGUUCAAACAGAACGUGACGGUGUUAUUCACGUUGAAACACAACAUCCACGCAGCAGUAUCAUCAUUAUCAAAUCACAAGAGGAUGAAGAUCCGCCAAAGAAAAUGCAUCGCGAAAGUUCGUUUUUGUUGCCAAGUGUUCAUAAUGUAUUCACGAAUCGUCCCGAAACUGACUAUUUCAAUAAAGAUCAAAAUCACAACAGUAUAGGGAAUGAUGGAAUGGAUAGUUUGACACUGGCUUACAAAGAAAGAACAGACUUUGUAGAUAAAGUGGAAGAAGAUGAAACUGACAUUGUUGAUAGAUUGAUACAUGAUAACUUGACAGAUCAUGAAAAUAGUACUGCCAAAGAUGAAAAUUUAAAAAAUAACUCUGAAAUAAAGCGUUCUGCCAAUGAUUUUUGUGUUCAAGAUAUAGAAAAUCAGGGAAAUGAAAUUAGUCACAGUAGAUACAGAAACAAUAGAAAUAACAGUGAUAUUAACAGUCAAGGUGACGGUUGCCAUGACGACAGCAAGAUGGAGGAAAGCAGUAACAGUGAAGAGGAAGUGGAGUCAGAGCCAUAUGAGAGUUGUCUUAAAAUGCUCUAUCCUGAACCACUUGCAAAGAAAUAUGAAUGUUUAAGAAUUUAUGAGAAGCUGGCAGAAGUCUUCAUAGUGUCAUUAGGAGUGAGAGCUGCUCAGAGAUUGGGACCUACAGGCUUCAGGACAUUUGCUAGGAAGUGCCGUUUGAACAAGAAGGGUAUCACCAAUGCUACAAUAGAUAUUCUGUUCAUAGACAUGCAGCGGAAAUGGGAGCACGUGAAUCCUGAGCGAACCACUGGUAAACCUGGUCUUGGAUUCCGAGGUUUCUUAGAUGCUUGUCACGAAAUAGCACGAAGGAAAUUUGCAAAUGGCAGUACGUUAGAAACCAUGGAAGACUUUAUUGACUACUGCCAAGAAAAUUUACGAGAGGACCAGCUCUUCCAGGCCCGGUGCAAUCCUCGCCUGUUGCCUCGUAGGGCCAGACCUCAUGGUUACCCGAUACUGGAACCAAUGGUUUCACCAGUCAGUUCGUUGAUUGUGGAGGAACAAACAGGUAUUCUGCUAGACAGUCGCCUUCAUGCCAGACACUAUACAAAACCGUCAUCGGCUGAAGAUGUCGAUCAGUUUCUACGGAGACAUGGGCAGUUGCGGGCUAUAAAGCCAAGAAAGAGAGUGAAAUCACGUAACAGAAUCAAAGAAAAGGACGAAACAUGAUGAUCAUGUUUUUUGAAACGACUCUUUUUUGCAAUUUAUGAAAAGAAAAAAGUCAUGGAAUUUUAAGUAAAAGUACUAAAAAUGGUGCUGAACAAAACAAAUCUGGACUUCCCAUGACAUAGAACAAAGUGCCCCAAAAUCCCACUAUAUAACCAUGAUAAAACUGUUACAAUUCACUAUUACCUAUAUGACAGAAGAUAUGUACAUGACAACUGUUACAAUUCACUAUUACCUACAUGACUGAAAAUACCUACAUGAUGAAGCUGUUAAAUUCACUGAUACCAUUAAAUUCAGUUAAUUCACUGUUACUGCACUAUAGAUUUUUAUAUAAGUGGAGUUUUUUAUGUAAUCUUUUAAGGAGUGCCACGAAUCAGGUCUUGACGUAACAGGAAGUGGUUUUGAAUUUGGAAUAAAAUUCCAGUGGAUUCCUGUCUACACUUCAUUUUAUCAUAUUUAUAGUUUAUAUACAUUUUUAUAAUAUCCAAAAGAGAUCAUUUUAUAUAGUUACUUAUUACUAUUAAUACAUUCUAUGUGUGCAAUAUUGCAUUUUUUUUAUUCACAGUCUACUAAGUUGAUGUUGAGGUGUUUAGUUGAUUGUUUAGAAUCUUUAUUUAUUUAUUUAUUUACUUAUUCCAAAUAGCCAAGGUAGACAAAAAAUACUUCUUUUUUAAGCUUGCAGUACUAGAAGUUUUCACAUUGCAUCGUACUGACAUCAAGUUUAUUCUCCUGACGUCUAAAAACAGGACUGAACACAUUUUUUGAAUUACUGAAAAAAUGUGUAAUUAAAAAAAAAAACGGGUUUAAUUAAUUUAUGUCAAAAAUACUGUUUGAAAAUGUCCAUGACAAUAGUGAUGAAUUAGUUAUUAUAUGCAUAUUGUGAUUACAUUUAAUUUCUUGGGCAUAAAAUAUUGCGUGGAUAUGAUAUUCUGGAUUUUUAUCUUUAGAAGAUGCAAUUAAUAGGAAUUUUAUUUGUUCAUUGUUUCUUCACUGUUUAUUUGGAUUAAAUUUGAAUGGACUGACACAGCCCAGAAAGUCAUGAAAAUCAUCGUACUCCCCCUAUAAAUAUCAAUGAUCAACUAAUAAUAUAAGGAUUUAUCUUUGCUUUAAGUUUAUAUGCAUAUGCAAAUAUCUGGAACAUUCAAAUAAAUGGUAUCUGGGUUAUUUAAAUAUGCAGACAAGUGGAAUCAGCUGUAACUAAAUUCAUUAUAAGAAGAGAAUUUAAGUGCUACUUUGUUUUUAGUGAGUACUCUUUCAUAGUUGUUUGGUUUGGUUUGGCUGUGUUUUGUAUGUUACUGUUACAUUCUGGCUUUUGCCUUUGAAUUAUUAUGAUCAUGCUUUAUAACCUGUACUGUACCGUCACUAAGAGGUUGUAAUCUACUCGUGCAGCUGGGGAUUAUGUGUUUAGAUAUAAACAUUUUGGGAACUUGAAUCAUGCAAGUGACUGAAUUAGCACAGAUAUUGCACCAGUGGAGCAUUUAUGAAUUCAGUCUCUACUGGAUCAAAGAGCAACUGGUUCACAUUUUGUUUUGACAGUGAAAUUGACAUAAUUCCUGUUUUGGUAAUCUAAUUGCAAAAAGAAGCCAUAUAGCUGGCUUUUGGUAGUUCUACCCAGGAGUCUACCUAUGCCACUGAUAAUGCAUGGUGAUACAUCUGGGGUCUUCAGCUACAAUAAGACACUGGAAAAUUUCAACGACCUGAAACUCUGUUGGUGCAACAUAAUACCAAGUGCCAGUAUUGUAUUGUUUUGGGACAAAGCCGAUAUAUUUGUUUGCUCAAUUAGUUUUCAUGUUGAGAAUUCUUUUUGUUCUCCUGUGAUAAUAUUCAAUGUUUAAUGUAUCACCACAUUUUGUAUUUUCACUUUUGCUUUCAUACUAAGGAAGAAUAUCAAAAAUCAUGUAUAAUAAAUAUGGAGCCUUUUGGUUACAUUUUUUGCUGCUUUCUUUAAAGGACAGCUAGAAGCCUAUUUCAGUCAUAAUUUUAGUACAUAGCUAACUGGUCAAGGAUUUAUUACACAUUUUAACAAUGUGGUUUUAAAAUAAAUAUUUCUAGAAAUUCUGUAUUUAAGUAUUAGGUCUUCCCCCAUAGACAUAUUUUUGUUUUCGCCGUCUGUCUGUCCUUCCACAUUAAGCUUGUCCAGCUUUCACAGGUCAAACUACUAGCUAUAUUUUGACUAAACUUCACAGGAGUGAUCAGUACCAAUCCCAGUUGUGCCUAUUGCUGACACAUUCCGCUUCGCUGCACAAAAUGGCCACCAGAACUAAAAAGUAGAAAAAUCUUGUCAAGUUUUCACAGGUCAAACUGCUGGACAGAUUUUGACGAAAUUUCACACGAGUGUUCAGUACCAAGCCUAGUUGUGUAUAUUACCUACACAUUCCACUGCGCUGCACAAAGUGGCCGCCAGAGCUGAAGGUAUACAUGGGGCGGGGGGGGGGGGGGGGGGGGGGGGGGAGACAUGCUUUUGUGACAAAAACACUUAGUUUAUAUUGCUUUUCAAUAAAUUUACAAUGACUCACAAAAUGAGCAGUUUUAUCAUUUCAAAACUUUUGACAUAGAUAUGAAAGCAAAGAGGCAAAAAUCUUUAAUGUUUAUAAAACAAAUGUAUAUAAAUACAGAUGGACUUCCUAUAUUGUUCUGUCAUUUUGUCUUUUAUAAAUUUUAAUUGCACAGCUUAUAUUUAUAUGUAUGUCAUAUAUAAUUUAUAAACAAUUUUAUGUUAUUUUGUUAAGCUUGAUAAAAUGACUUGCAUAUUAAUAAAAUAUAUUUGUCAAAAAUGCAAGAUCGUC